AUGUCAAAUUUAACUUUCUCAGGAAUGAGAACUCUUAAAGCAAGAGUUGAUGAGGAAGAUCAAAAUAAAAAGAGACAUCCCUUUGAUCUUCAAAAAUAUCAACACAUUUUAGAUUAAAUCUCAACUACACAUUAAUUUGAUAUGGAUCUAGAAAACAGAUUCAAUUAAUUAGAUUAAACUGAAUAAUCUAGACCCACUAUUGAUAAGAGUUCAUUUUUAAAUAAAUAAUAUGCAAAAUAUAUUGAAAAGGGAUCAGAUUUAUAAUUGUCCAAAGUUGAUUGUAUAGAUCCAGAGGAUGAUAUUUGCACUCAUAAACAAACCAAAUCAUUAUUAAGUUUGAUAAAAGGAAGACCUAUCAAAUUUAAAGAGUUCUAUAAAAUAUUAUUAUAAGAAUAUUAAAUUGAAUUUCAAAAUGCAGAGUAAAAAUUAUAAUUUAAAGAAAAUUUAAAAAAUAAAAUUGUUACUGUUGAUCUCAAUAUUGUCUCAUUAAAUGCUCUUCAAUUAUGUACUAGAGAUAAAGGAAUAAAGGGAUUAAUUUAAGAAAUAGCAGAAGAAACAUAUCAAGAUAUAAAUAGAAAGGAAAAAUAAAAAAUAAACAAUGAAAUUGUAGAUGAAUUAGAAAAUGUUAAAUCAUUAUUAGAGAAAAAGUAAUUAAUGUAAAUAAAAAAAGAAAAAGAAUUAGUAGAAUAUGAAUAUUCAUUAUAAAAAUUUAAAUCUGAAAUGUCUAAUAGUAUAUAAUAGGUUUAUGAUAUUUUAAGUAAAAUGAUGGAAGAAUAAUAUUAAUAAAAAUUAAGUAAUUUAAAUAAAAAGUUUAGUAAUAUGGAAUAUCAAUUAAAAUCCAAAGUAAAACUAAUUGAACUUAAAGGUUCAUCAAUCUAAAAGAAUAAUUCUACCUAUAGUUAAGAAAUUUAGAGAUUAAAAUAAAGAAAUGCUAUAUUAGAAAAAUAAGUAGAAUCUUAGAAAGUUAUAAUAUUAGAAUUAGAAAAGAAGCUCUCUUUAGAAAAAGAUAAUACAAUUUAAAUGUAAAAAAAAUUAGAAAAAAUAAAUUAAAAAUUAUUAGAAUAAAAAGAAUAAAUUAAGGAAUAAAUAAAUUAAACUGAAUAAAAUGAAUCUUUAUAACCUUUAAAAUAAUAAUAAAUAUUAGAAUAAUCUAAAUUAUAAGUAGAAUAAUAAAAAAAAAUACAAAAUAAUUAAGAUAAUUCAAAUAAAUAAAUUAAAAUAUUUUAAAGUGUUUUUGAAUCAAUAUUUCUAGGAUUAGAUUAAUUACAAAUAUAAUUAAAUAUUGAUAAUAACAAGUGGAAUCAAGAACUAUUACCUUGUUGUUUAUAGGAUAAUUUAAUAGAUUUAUUAGGGAAUCUUAUGAUAAUAGUAAUUAAUAAAUAAGGGUUCUAAUAAAUUUAUAAAUUGUUAUUAUAACUAUCUUACUUUUAUUUUAAGAAUACUUGUUCCUCAAUUAAUUGUUAAUAAAUUGAAGAACUCAUAAAAAAUCAAAAAAAAUAACAAAAUUGUAAAUAUUACAUUGGGAUUCAUGAGUCAAAAAAUAGAGAAUUUAUAUUGUAAUUAAAAGCAUUAUUAGAAAAGAAAAAGAAAAAUUAAACUUUAGUAGCUUUCAUAUUACUAUUGUAUGAUCGGGAUAUAUCAAUUUCAAUAAAAUAUCUUUCUUAAGAAAUUGUAUAUAUAUAUAUAUUUAUAGUCUUAUAGUGUAAUGAGGAUGUUCAGAAAUUCAUUUUAGAUAAUGGAUUAUUGGAUGUCUUUGUAAUAAAGAUGAUUGAUGAUAGAAAUAUGGUUUAACUACUAUUAGAAAUAAUUGCAUAAGGCUAAUUUUAGAAUUAGUUUUUGUAAUAAUUGACUAAACACUUUGAAAUUUUGUUAACUUUAUUAAAUUGUUAAGAUUUAGAAUUUUGUGAAUAGUUGUCUAUAGUUUUAUAGAGAGUGUAAUAUUAUAACAAAUAAACUAUUCAUAAUAAUUUUAGAGGAUUAAUUGAAAAAAAAAUGA